UCUCCAAGCAAUGUCCUGUUUGCACAUACACUAUAAAAAAAGAGUAUCGACGUCCCGCUGUGUGACAUAUUAUCAAGUUAAUAUUAAAUUUACGCUUUACUUUAUAUUUCCGUGUUACUUUUAGUUAGUUAGGUUCGGAAUGAAAAAUUAUGUUUAACUUCCACAGUCGUGCGGGAGUAUGAAAAUUAAACCUUUAUUCUGAAAAAUGUAAAACGCGGCAGGAAGUCGUCUUUUUCUUGACAACGGAAAAAAGGACGAUAGCAACUCAAGCUGUUCGUGAUGAGGACAGGAGCGACUGAGCUUCUGUAAAACUGGCUUAUAACCAACAGGCCAAAUGUCGACGAUAAACCUGAUGGUGAGUCGACAGCACGGUACAUUGACUGCUGCUGGAAAGACGACGGGAACAGUGGCGUGUCUGCCAGAUUAACGGACUAGCUAAAGCCUUGAUGCGCACAACGGCAACGGCCAGAGACAGAAAAGACUGAUAAUUAAAACAAAAAACAAAAAAACAAACAGGAGCACUAAGUUACUAGGAAGUCGGCACAUCUGGAAGAUUCAACGCAGCUAUCAGUCGGGAUGGAACUUGUCCAUAAAAUAUUCGUACCGUGGGGCGUUGAGGUAGGCACCACAAUGCUCCACAGAGAUGCUGGAUGCCCGUACACGUCAGCAGCUCCCCAGACAACGGCGGCAUUCAUACGUCCCCAUUAACCGCAGAGCUCAACUCCUCGGAAGGUAAACAGCCAUGGCUCUGAAGUCCAGGAGACCGUGGACGACCGUGAUAUUCGGCGUGUUUAUUGGCUUCACUGCGUCCUCUUGGCUCAUUGUGCCCCACGUGCUGGAAAGCAAAAGGAAAAAGUCCCCCGUGUGUUUGUACUACAGUGACUCGGUCGCCAAAGCUCCUGACACCCUCGGCAACUCCGCGGCUCUCAGAGACCGGGGCGGCCCCCAGUUCAGUCCGGAGGAGGACAGGUUGUUGGGUGCGGGGAAUGGCAGCGGACAUGCCGGGAGACCCGUAAGCAGACCUCAGCAUUUCCUCUAUGUCGGAGUAAUGACAGCUAAAAAAUACCUGGGCACUCGCGCCGUGGCUGCGCACGAGACGUGGGCGGCUUCCAUACCCGGGAAGGUGGAGUUCUUCUCGAGCGAGGGGUCUGGCAGCGUCCGCGUGUCCGUCCCAGUGCCGGUGAUCUCCCUGGAUGGCGUGGACGACUCGUACCCACCACAGAAGAAGUCGUUUAUGAUGCUCAAGUACAUCCACGACCACUACCUGGACAAGUACGAGUGGUUCAUGAGGGCGGAUGAUGAUGUUUAUAUCCGAGGUGAGAAACUGGAGUUGUUCCUGCGGUCACUGAACAGCAGCAAGCCCUAUUACCUUGGCCAAACGGGCCUUGGCACGCCAGAGGAGCUGGGAAGACUGGCCCUUGAGCCUGGGGAAAACUUUUGCAUGGGAGGGCCUGGGAUGAUCUUCAGCAGAGAGGUUCUACGCAGGAUGGUUCCUCACAUCAGCACCUGCCUGAGGGAGAUGUACACCACCCAUGAGGAUGUGGAAGUGGGCCGCUGUGUGCGACGCUUUGGAGGAACGCAGUGUGUGUGGUCUUAUGAGAUGCAGCAGCUUUUCUAUGAGAACUACGAGCACAACAAGAAAGGUUUCAUUGAAGAACUCCACAGCAGCAAGAUCCACAAUGCCAUUACACUCCACCCCAACAAAAAUCCCGCCUAUCAGUACCGGCUCCACAGCUUCAUGCUCAGCCGUGAGAUCUCGAGGCUACGGUACCACACCAUCCUGCUCCACCGCGAAGGCCUGAUCAUGAGUUACCUCAGCGAUUUAGAAGUACAGUGGGAGGACCAACAGCUGGGGUCUCCACCUUCCUUCAUGCGCUAUCAGCCCAGUGAGAGAAAUGAUGUAAUUGAAUGGGAUUUCCUGACUGGUCGGCAUAUUUAUUCUGCUGUUGAAAACAAGAUGGCCCGGCAAAGCCUUGGCAACUUGCUUCGGACUGCGCUGGAAGACAUUAUACUGCAGGUCAUGGAGAUGAUUAAUGAGAAUUCCAAAGCACGUGGCCGUGUUAUUGACUUUAAAGAAAUUCAGUAUGGCUACUACAGGGUAGAUCCAAUUCAUGGUGCAGAAUACAUCUUAGACUUAUUGCUCCUGUAUAAGAAACACAAAGGACGUAAAAUAACAGUGCCUGUGAGGCGGCACGCUUAUCUCCAGCAGUCCUUCAGCCGACCGUUCUUUACUGAAGCUGAAGAGUUGGACGUAGCUGAACUCGUGGCAGCCAUCAACUCUGAAUCCCAGUCACUGUCCUUCCUAUCUAACUCUUUGAAGUUCUUGUCACCUUUCCAGUUCUAUGAAACAACUAGGGAAAUGUGGGAGCAAAGCCAGAGAAAGGUCAACAUUCUUGUCCCACUCUCUGGUCGCUACGACACCUUUGUCCGCUUCAUGGAGAACUUUGAGAAAGUAUGUUUGAUACCCAAACAAAAUGUGAAGCUAUCCAUCAUUCUGGUGGACAAUGAAAGCAAUCAGAGCAGAAGAAACCACCUUCAGUUAAUCAAAGACUACAACAGGAAAUAUCCCAAAGCUGAGCUUUCUGUAAUCCCCAUGACGGGCAACUUUUCACGAGGCCUGGCUCUGGAGCUGGGCUCCUCACAGCUUGAUAAUAACACCCUACUCUUCUUCUGCGAUGUUGAUCUCACCUUUAGUGCAGAUGCCUUGCAGCGCUGCAGAGACAAUGCUGUUCAAGGGAAACAGGUCUAUUUCCCUGUUGUGUUUAGUCAGUACAAUCCUAAGAUAGUGUACGGUGAAAAGACCCCAAGAGAAAACAAAUUUGUGCUCACCAAGAAAAGUGGUUUCUGGCGAGAUUAUGGUUUUGGAAUAACAUGUGUUUUCAAGAGUGAUUUACUAAAAGCCGGAGGUUUUGACACCUCUAUCUUAGGCUGGGGACUGGAAGAUGUGGACUUGUUCACAAAAGUUAUUAAUUCUGGUUUAAAAGUAUUACGCAGUCAAGAACCAGGAAUUGUCCACAUUUAUCAUCCCGUCCACUGCAACACAAGUCUUGAGCAGAAGCAACACAAAAUGUGCCUUGGUUCAAGAGCGAGUACGUUUGCAUCGACAAUGCAGCUAGCGGAGCUGUGGCUGGAGAAACACAUAGAGGCCGGGUAUAACAGGUCUUCAUCCUGACACUCCAAUCCUCCUGGACUCUUGAGUGCAAGUUUACCUCAGUUCAACUUGAACACAAACAGUGAUGAAAAACUCCUGUAGCGUGACUGCGGAUCAGACAUCUUCAUAGGCUGGAAGAUAUGACCCAGAAAGGACACAAGACUACGCUUUCCAACACAGGGGUGAUGGCCUAGACCCCAGUUGACCUUGCAGCAGGUAGACCAAUGCAGAAGGCCUCCAAAAGAGAUCAUAAAGAACAGUCUAUGAUUGAUGCACCUGGUACUUGUGGAGGCAAGAAGUGUCUGUUACUUUAUCCACUUCCAAACCAGCCGAGAAAAUCGCACAUGAUGUUGAACAUUUACACUUCCUACAGCUUUGCAGAAGUAUCAUUUCCUGCGCCAGUGAUGCAAAUAUAAAGCUUUGGAAUCAGCAUACAAUUUACAGUUUACUCUAACUCUUUACUAGUGUCAUUUUUACACAUGUGUAAAUGAGUAUGGCAACUUUGAGAGAAUGCCAGUCUGUGCAACUUAAAAAGUUACCCAAAGAGCAAGUUCAGCUCAACCAAAUUAUUUAAUUUCAAGUAAAAUGUAUUGAAAGGAAAUGGGAAUCAAAGGGAAAAAAAAGUGAAUGUUGGGCUUUAUACACUAAGUGACGCUUUAACGUGUUGGAGGUCUCAGUAUGCAGUAGAACCAUCACUUGCAACCAUGUCAAUCACUGAAGCGAAUCUUCUGUAACUUUAAUGGCUAAAGUCACUGAGGAAUGUGGAUGGCUGCGUUAUACAAUCUCUUUAUUGUGUGUUUCUGUGUGAGUGAGGAAGUGAGCCGACCUUAAUACCCUAAAUUAAUCUACCUUAAUCCACGGUAAAUUUUUAGAAAUGCCCUUGUGCAGACCUGAAGCUGAGGCUGUGUUUUUACUGCCCAUGUCACAUCUACGCUAGUGAUCUAGUGAUAUUAGCACUGGUUCAGCAGUUCCUCUUAUUUUUCAAGACCAGCAGGUUUCUCUUAUCUAGAGGGAGUGGCCAUAAUUUGCACACUGAUUUGUUAUUCAGAAAGUAUCAAAUGAGGUCCAAAAACACAGCUGCAAUUACUUAUGAUCAUAGGUGGAAACUAAAUGAACAGAGAUCUUGGAAAGAUUGUCAGUUUAAGGUGGGAGAAGGUCAUAGAUGCAAAGACAGGACCGUGGUUUACAAACAAAUCUAAAUGGCUAUAUGAGCAUUUUGAGUGGUUCACUGAUGGUGCAGGACCUCAUAUAUUAUCAGUAUAUUUUGCCAUCGCUGGUCGUGUCCGUUGCAGACAGAUCUUACUCCUGAUUGUCGUGAUUUUAGUCUGACUGGACUAGUGUGUUGGACUGGUUUGAGUAAGGUCUGUUGUUAUGUCUUCCCGUUUCCCAUUACCUUCCAGUGGCAAUUAUCGGGCUAAGCCAGUAGUCAUUACAAUUUCUGAUAGGAUCCAGCUUCAGAAGCCCAACAUUAAAUUCACAUUCCCCCACUAUAUUUUCUAUCAAUCAAUAACAAUGUCAGUAGAAGCAUCUAAGAAAAAAAAACUAUCCAAUAUGAAUUUCAGUGGAGUAAAGGUCAGUGAGCUCACUUCAGUAAACAUAAUUUUCCCUCCAGUCACCCGGCAGUUUGGGAUCCAAGUGUAAAACGUUCUUACAGCCAUCAAUUUGAGAUUUGAAAUUCAUUUUGUCCUGCAACCAACCAGUAAGUUAACAAUGAGGUACUUUGUGACUGCUUCUGUACUGUAAUUAAUCAUUGAUGUAUUGGCUUUUUCUUACUGCCAUUGUUAUUAUAACGUUUACACUUCUGCCUCAGGACCGCAUCAUACCACCUUGUGCAUUGCAACCUUUUGCUUUAACUGAUAGGGUACCCACUGCCUAUUGUGCAUAAGAAUGAUCUGGUAAAUAAUAGUUGCACUAGGGCUGCAGAAGAUUGUUAGCUAGCCUGUUUCCAACAGUGCUGCUACUCAUACUUCAUUUGUUGUUACUACACACUAAAUUGUUCACUAUCACAGAAACAUCUAGUAACAUUCAUCAUUUUGAGAAAUUGAGCGAAUGUUCUUGGUCAUGUGCUCAGCAGUUGUUUUCAGACUUGAAUCGCUGUACACUCCUCCUCUUGUAGAAAAAUCUAUCAUUGAAAUGUUAUUAUAUAGUCAGAACAUUUGCCUGUACAGGAACCCUUUAUGUUGCAUUUUCUGUCUUACAUUACCAAAGUGCACUGCAGCCACCAAGAAAAAAAAAUGUGUCUCAUAACAAGAACAUGAUUUCAUAAUUACUUUAUUUUUAUCUCACAACCGCAUCCAACUAUUGUAGUAAUACUACAAUCCUCAUAAUUAUGAGAUACUAAAUCAUUCCUUUGGUGACUACAAUUUACUGUGGGUUGUUUGUAUAGUUUCUGUCAAGAUAUAGAGUUAGUUUAUGGUUCUGUUGCCCGAGUCUGCUAGCAAUAACAGCAGCUAUAGUAUCAUCUGAUUAUUUAUAAUAAAUGCUUAAACACAAA